UUCAACAAAUUGACAUCCAUGGCUACCAAAUCGAACCUAGAGAAGCUCGACGAGCAAGCCACGCACCUUGAACUAGCUCCUGCAGAGUAUAAAAAGCUUCUGCGCAAAGUUGACGCACACAUUAUUCCCAUACUAACGAUACUCUAUCUUCUGAGCUUUCUGGAUCGAGGUAAUAUCGGCAAUGCCAAUGUCCAAGGCCUUUCCACCUCACUUGGCUUAGUUGGCCACCAAUAUAAUUGGUGUUUGACAAUAUUCUUCUUCCCAUAUUCGUUCCUUGAGCCUGUGUGUAAUUUGCUGCUUGUGAGACUCAAACCUAGCAUUUGGCUCCCGUCUAUUAUGGUCGCUUGGGGGAUUGUUACUACAUUGACUGGGAUUGUACAAAACUAUACAGGCUUGAUGGUUGCCAGGUUCUUUCUCGGCGUGGCGGAGGCAGGACUAUUUCCGGGGUUGGCAUUUUACGUCUCAUUGUGGUACCCACAUGCUGACGCUCAAUUUCGACUUGCUCUGAUUUUUGCCUCCGCUUCAAUGGCCGGCGCAUUUUCCGGCCUUCUUGCAUAUUUGAUAGUCAAAAUGGAAAAUGUUGGCGGUCUUGAAGGUUGGCGAUGGAUUUUUAUCUUGGAGGGCUUAUUCACUGUCAUUGUCGCAGUUGUUUCUUACUUUUUCGUGUGGGAUGAGCCGGCAACUGCAAGCUUUCUUUCGGAUCAUGAGAAAAAUGCGCUUCUAAAUGCUCUACAACCGAUCCGAACGGAGAGUUCGACGACUGCCCAGCUGGGCCAUGGUCAUUCAUUCAAAUGGAAACACGUCCGUGCAGCGCUUGUGGACUGGCAGGUGAGUCUUCAUAUUUGCAGUGUAGAACGGGGUCCCAGGUAUGCUAACGAGUGCUCUCCAAAGUUGAUAUUCCAUUGUCUUGGAUAUUGGGGAAUGGCGUGUGCUGUCUACGCCCUAUCCUUGUUUCUCCCGACGAUUAUCAAAGGGCUUGGCUACACCUCUGCCAAUGCGCAAUUGCUAACGAUUCCGGUCUAUGCGGCUGCAACGAUUGCUUGUAUUACUGUGGGCUAUGUAUCGGAUAAGACCGGCCGGCGAAGUUUUAUCACAUUUAUCUGCUAUUGUGCCGUGAUGGUAGGAUACCUGAUUGCUGUGGCACCGGCCAAAUUCAUCCCUGCCUUGACAUAUGCUGGUUGUUUCAUCGCGGCGUGCGGGAUCUACCCAGCCAUUCCUGGCCUGCUGGUAUUAUCCUCCAACAACUGGGCCCCUAAUGGAAAACGAGCCGUGGGCAUGGCUAUCCAGAUGGGCUUCGGAACCAUGGGGGGCGCAGCUGCUUCUAAUUUUUACCGCAGUUCAGAUGCCCCCCGAUACCGUCUCGGGCAUAUCUUGGUACUCGUGUUUACUGUUCUGGGAUUGAUAAGUAUGAGUUUAUAUUAUAUUGUCAGCGCCAAGGUGAACGCCAGGAGAGAUGCCGAGGCCGACAGGGCCUCCCGGUACACGGACGAGGAGCUGCUGGAUAUGGGCGAUAAAGCGCCAAAUUUCAGAUACAAGCUUUGA